CCGGCCGCGCGCGCGCCACAGUAUAGUGACCAGCUGGCGAGAUGGAUGUGACUUCGGUAGAAGCCUUUUCUGGAGCUCUGAAGCAAAUACAGAGUUUCAACUUUGCCAAGACGUUAGUUUUGAUUGGUUCGUCAUGUGAUGGAGAAAAAGAGAAAAUUUUGAGCUGUUCUCAGCUCGGAGAAGGGAGAGAUCUGUCUGAAGAAGCCAUCAUCAUCAACUCAUACCUUCCAGCAGGAGUAAAUGUUUGUGGUUUGUUUCUUCCACAAUCUUCUGGAACUCCUCUUUCAAGCUAUGUUACAGAAAUGAUCUCAGGAGAAAUUGCCAAGAAACUCUUCCCAUCUGGCAGAGUGGUGCUUUUGUUCACAAACGAAGAGGAAGAGAAAUUAGAGGAGAAGGCAGUUUUGUACGAGCUUGAGAGUGGUCAGCGUACGUCAUGUGAUCUGAGAGUCGUAUCAGAUUGUACAAGCUGGGAGCAGAGUGUCUUGAUUUUCAGAAUUAGAUCGGAACUCAGCAUGAAGUGCUCAUACAAGAAUAAGUCCGAGUUACCCAAUGUAUUUCUUCUUCAGUAUAACUUUCUCAAGAACCAGCUUCAGUCUCCAUCAGCCCUCUACCACAUCCAGCAGACAAGUAUUCUAAUCGGUGGUCUACCCAACUCAUCAUCAUCAUCCUCAUCUUCCAAUGUCAUGGGACCGUUAUCUCCUAGCAACCGUAUCCAAGACGUUCUACAGCAUCUUCAGGAUGAUGAAGAAGAUGAUGGGUUUGGAGUGGCUGGUGGAAAGAAGAAGAAAAAAACUAAACUAGAUGGUCAGGUUCUUGAUGUGAAGAUUCUUUUCAAGACAGGCUCUGCACAAACAAAAGAAGAAGACGCACACAUCCCUGUUGUUUUCUACAAUGAUUACCCCGCUGAGAUGCACCAUCUUGCUAUGAACCUGCCUCUAGAUGUGGUUGUCAUGGCACCCGCAUCAUCACCUCUCUCCCACCUAUCCUCUCUCUUCAUUGAAGGAGUCUGCAGGCAACUACGCGCUAUGGAGAUAUGCAUAGCAAGACAUUUUGAAAAACAUGAUAUAUGCAAACCUGAAGCGCACCAUUUCAAACCGAUGGGACUACAUCAUUUAUUGACUGUUGUAUAUCCUUCUGGAGUCAGUGAUCAAGAUUUAGAAUCGACAAGGCAAUCGCUUCAUCAGCAAUUCAUCCUUCCUCAGGAUAGACCACUCCUUAGAAGAUUGAAUUCAUACUUGUUUCCCGAGGAGAAGAUGAAACAUGUCUAUCUCAUGAACACACAUAUUGGUCUACUGCCCUCUGGAGUAUCAGGAGGGAAGCAAUCUCUCGUGCAAGGCAAUUAUACCUAUCAUCAUUACAUGCAAGAUAGGUUUAAUGACGAUCAAUGGGGAUGUGCAUACAGGUCAUUACAAACACUCUGCUCGUGGUUCAAGUUACAGGGAUAUGUGGAUUGCUCCAUCCCAAGUCAUAAGGAGAUUCAGCAAGCACUAGUUGAUGUUGGUGACAAGCAAGCCAAGUUUGUUGGAUCAAGGCAAUGGAUUGGAUCAAUAGAAGUCAGCACAGUCUUGAAUCAACUCCUAGGGAUCACAUCUAAGAUAAUGUUUGUUCCAAACGGUGAGGAGAUGGCUAUGAAAGGAAGGGAAUUAGCAGCUCACUUCCAGACUCAAGGCACUCCAGUAAUGAUAGGAGGUGGAGUUCUUGCCCACACUAUUUUAGGAGUGGAUUUCAGCGAGAAGACUGGAGAUCUCAAGUUUCUCAUUUUAGAUCCUCAUUAUACGGGUGGUGAGGAUAUCAAGACCAUACAAGACAAGGGAUGGUGCGGUUGGAAAGGCAUUGAUUUCUGGGACAAGACAGCGUACUACAACCUAUGCUUACCACAGAGACCUAUUGAACUAUGAGAAUAUCUAAUCUUAUAUAGUGAUGAUACAACAUUCUACGACCUAGGCUUACCACAAUGAUCUAUUAAACUAUGAUGUCAUCUAAUACAAGUGAUGAUACAACGUUCUACGACCUAGGCUUACCACAAUGAUCUAUUAAACUAUGAUGUCAUCUUAUACAAGUGAUGAUGCUUCGUAGUACAACCUAGGCUUUACCACAAUGAUCUAUUAAACUGUGAUGUCAUCUUAUACAAGUGAUGAUACAGCGUUCUACAACCUAGGCUUACCACAAUGAUCUAUUAAACUGUGAUGUCAUCUUAUACAAGUGAUGAUACAGCGUUCUACAUCCUAGGCUUACCACAAUGAUCUAUUAAACUAUGAUGUCAUCUUCUACAAGUGAUGAUGCUUCGUACUACAACCUAGCCUUUACCACAAUUACUCAUUGAACCAAACUAUCUAUACAAACUGAACUAUAUUAUGUGCUUAGCUGUUGAACUAGGAUAUCCUCUCCCAUUGACGAACUAGCCCAGUUUCUGUCCUAAGAAACUCUUCCUAAGAAUCCCAGCCAUGGAUCAGUUUCUUUGGCAAGAAGCUCAUCCAUACUGUGCUGCACUCAACCCUGAUGAGGUAAAUGGGAGCCUGUCACAAAUUUAUUUGUUGAAAUUAAUGUUUCUGCACUGUAAAAGGCUGUGGGGUGAAAGCCAGGCUAAUAAUAUCCAGGUCUUUUAGAAGUGCAUAAGAAGUUUAUAUCAUAAUGUAAUAUGUGCUGUACAAGAACUGUGUUAUAUCUAUUAUCAACUUAUGCAAGCUACAAGACAGCUAACUACAAUUUUUGUUUAGUGUAAUAUUGAAUUCCCACUUGGUGCAAAAUUAUUGUAUUAUCUGGGCAAUACCAUACAAAUAUACCAGGCUUUGAGUAAGUAUAGCGGGAAUUACUCAUCCAAGGUUGGACUGGCACUACUAUUUUUUCCCGAAGCCCCAAGGGAAAAAUAGUGAUUUUGCCAGUACCACCGAGGAUGAAUAAUUCCCUCUAUACUUUUGAAAUAAAGGCCUUGUAUAUUUGUUUUAUAUCCUACUUUGAUAAGUUAGAGCAAUAGAUCUUGAUAAUCUUGUUCUUGUAAUCUUAGUUCAUCUUGUUUUGAAAAUAUUAACCA